AUGAAGUCGCUCAGUCUGUCCUGGGUUACCAUGGCCCUCGCCACGAGCAUCUUCUCCAUCUCUUCGGUCAGCGCGGCUCCCGCCGCCACCACCUCGAAUGCCAAUGCAGCCUCUACCUCGCCCGCAGUCACGUAUAACGUCGCUGGCAAGCCUUCACGAGUCUCUCACUUCGGCCUCGGCGCUUUCAUCGAGACCAACAUCAACUCGGGCACCGAUGGUGGUCUCUACGCCGAGAUUAUUCGCAAUCGCGCUUUCCAGGACAAUGUCAACAACCAGGCUAACCAGAACGACGCUCUUGGAAAAGGCUCUCUUCUCCACUGGUCCGGCACCAGCCAAUCCACCAAGCUUUCGCUCUCGCCGGACAACGCCUUGUCCUCUGCGCUCCCUCAGUCGGCUGUUGUCAGCGGAGACCGGAACCAGUCGUGCGGGAUCGCUAACCCUGGCUGGUACGGCAUCAGUGUCACAACCCAGCCUCAUCAGCUCAGCUUCUACGCUCGAUCACCUACAGGCCAAGCCACGACAGUGCCCGUCAAGAUCGGGCUCUACUCGAAUGACUACUCCAAGACCUACACGGAACAGACCAUGCCACUCAAGCUCACAGGUGAGUGGCAAAAAUUCGAGACCACCUUGACGCCGUCUCAGGCCUCGAGCAACAACAACAACGUCUUUGCCAUCAAGACCACGGGUGCCUGCCGAGACGGCUUCCAGGUCAAUCUCGUCUCGCUUCUGCCUCCUACGUACGAGGGCACCGUUGCUCGUCAGGAUCUCGCGCAGGCGCUCGCCGACAUCAAGCCCGUCUACGUUCGUCUGCCCGGUGGCAAUGAUCUUGAGGGUAACAACAUCCCCUCGUGGUUCAACUGGACCAACGCCGUCGGCGACCUCAAGAACCGACCUGGCCGUACUCCUACUUGGACGAGCGGCUGGAACACUGAGGGGCUUGGUCUCAUGGAGCUGAUGGAUCUCGCUGAGAAGUGGGGUGCUCAAGCUGUCCUCGGCAUCUAUGCUGGCUACUCGCUCAACGGCGAGGCCGUACCCAAGAGCCAGCUCGGUCCGUACAUCCAGUCGGCGCUCAACCAGCUCCACUUCCUCCUGGACACUUCCGGUAGCUGGGCUGAGCUGCGAAGCUCGUAUGGCCGUUCCGAGCCCUACAAGUUCGACCAGAUCGAGAUCGGAAACGAGGACUGGCUCGGUGCUGCUAUCAACACGUACGGUGCUUACCGAUGGGCCGCCUUCCGUGAUGCCAUCGCCAAGGAGUUCCCCCAGCUCACUCUCAUCGCUUCGACGCUCAAGAACGGAGUAGAGGGAGCCAAGGCGGUGGACGACCACAUGUACUCUACGCCGAACCAGCUGUUCGAGUUCACCGAAGGCAUGGACAGCACCUCCCGCGAUGUUCCUAUCUGGGAACUCGAGAUUGCUGUCAUCAACUCCGGUCUCACCAACGAUACUGACAUCUACAGCGGGCCUGGUCGCUUGCAACACCCCACUUUGAUCGGUGCUCUGGCUGAAGCUGCGUUUCUGGCUGGCGCGGAGCGCAACGGUGACAUCUUCUACAGCGCUGCUUACGCUCCCAUCUUCCAGAAUGAGGGACCGAACGCCACGCAGUGGACUCCAGACAUGUUGAGCUUCAACGCAGGUCAGAUGGUCAAGUCCACCUCGUACUACAUCCAGUACGCCUGGGGCAACUACCCGAUCAAGCAGAUCCACGAUGCAAGCCCUUCGACACCGACCAAUUCGUCGCACAUCUACCACUCGUUCGGCUCGAACAGUCAAGGUGCCUUGGUGGCUAAGCUGGUCAAUGCCAACGCGGAACAGCGAACGGUUAAGGUGCAAGUUGGGAAUGGAAGCAAGUUGUCCUCUAGUGGCGCCACGAGCUGGCAAAUGCAGGGCAAGAACCCUCAGCAGGCCAACACGCUCAGCAACCCUAACGCUAUUGUUCCGCAGUCCAGUAGUAGUGGCUUGCCAAAAGGUGCUUCGCUCGGCUCAGACGGUUCGUUGACGAUGACGCUUCCCCCGUACUCGGCCACGGUCGUGACUCUGCCGCUUGCUUAG